CGCUCCACUCGGCUCGGGUUACAGUUGAGCUGGAGCUGCUGCACUCACCGGAGCGCAGAGAGUGUUGAACGCGGUUUGUUAAAAAAAAACAACACAUAUACCGGCAUGGAAACGUUGGCGUAGCGGAUUUAGAGCCACCGAGAGGGUCUGAUCUUCCUGCGGUACUUUUUUUUUUUUUGGUCUGUGUGUGCGUUACAAACAAAAGGUGGAGACGUACGGUGUAUUUACGCACCGGCCACGCAGCAUGCCCGAGUUGGACUAAAAGGCUUAUACCCCGCUGGAGCGCAACACACACGCGGAACGGCGCUGAGAGCCGGGGGGGGAUAUUUACAAUAGAAACUCAAUUCCUUUUGCGAAGAAGAAUAGCAGGGGGAGGAGGAGGAGUGAAAGAUAACACUGGAAUGAAGUGGACCUCGGGAUUCCCAGCGUGCUGCGGAGUUGUGACUGAUGGAUGAAUGUGGUCAUCUGUAGGCUAUAUACAGCGACAGGUACAGACACCAUCAGGGGAGCGGUGACAAAGACGCAGCGCUCCAUCUCGCAGCCGCAUCACUAAAAAAAAAAAACUGUGCGAUCCGCUUCAUCACACACCGGAUCGUUGAGUUGGCUGGACAGAGUAGGAAAAAAGCAAAAGGUCGCGAAAGGGCUGUGUGUUUUAUUUGUCUCAGGUCAACCAGGACACUCGGGGAAGGGUUCUGCUUUCCUCACAGAUCCUCUCAAGAACCGAGGGGGGCUUUCUUUUGCACGUCCUGCGGACAGUUCAGUCAAGGACACGGGGGCCUGGAGCUGAUUUUAAGAAGUCUGGAUAGAAGGACAUGUAUCUGAUAUCGACCUCACAUGCUCCCGACUGAUCGUAGCUCACCUUCCCACCGGGCAAACCACAGAUAAAGGCUGCCAGGCGCACUGUCCGACGCUCUUGAGUUCUCGGCUCACUGUCUGUACGUCUAUCAGAAUGGCGGGACUCGGUUGUUGGAAGUAUUACCUCUGGAUCUUUAUUUUAAUGUGCAGGUCGGCGUUACCUUCAGCAAAAUCGCUGGAGACUAUAAUUUGGAGCUCGCAGAAUUCCAAAUUUCUGCCCGGAAAGGGCCUGGUGAUCUACCCUGACAUUGGGGACAAGCUGGACAUCAUCUGUCCCAAAGCGGACGAAGGCAGAGAUUAUGAGUUCUACAAGCUGUAUCUGGUGAAGAGAGAGCAGGCGGAGAGCUGCAGUACAGUCCUCGAUCCUAAUGUCCUAGUCAACUGUAACAAGCCCGAGAAGGACAUCAAGUUCACCAUCAAAUUCCAGGAGUUCAGCCCAAACUACAUGGGCCUGGAGUUCAAGAAGAACGUGAACUACUACAUCACCUCGACCUCCAACGGUACAGUCGAGGGCCUGGAGAACCGGGAGGGAGGCGUGUGCAAGAGCCGAGCCAUGAAAGUCAUCAUGAAAGUCGGGCAAGUCCCAAAUGCUGCGAACCCCGUGGUGCCGGAGUCUCCAGAAGACAACGCCAUACCGGAGUCCAGUCCCAGUCCGCCUGACCAGGGUCGGAUUGGCCCCGAGAUACCAGGGAUGCCAGGAAACCCUGACCUCAUUAAUCAAGACCAGUCUGGUUCCUCCGGAAACUCCGACAGCUUCCUCAGCUCCAAAACGGCUGUGUUCUCCGCCAUCGGUGGCGGCUGCAUCAUCUUCCUCCUGCUCAUCCUCCUCCUCGUCAUCCUGCUCAUCAAGAUGCGCAAGCGCGCCAGGAAAAACGCCCACUCGCAGCCCCGCCCCUCAGCGCUGUCACUCAGCACGCUUUCCAAUCCCAAGCUGCCCGGGGGCACGGCUGGCACGGAGCCCAGUGACAUCAUCAUUCCUCUGCGGACAGAGAACAACUACUGCCCUCACUAUGAGAAGGUGAGCGGCGACUAUGGCCAUCCCGUCUACAUUGUCCAGGAGAUGCCCCCGCAGAGCCCUGCCAACAUCUACUACAAAGUCUGACACGCUCCGCACAGCCAGCGACACAGUCCGGAGAGAGAGAGAGAGAGAGAAAGGGAGGAGCGCUUGAUUUAUGUUCUUGGAAAGAACACUUUCCUUUGCAUUUUGGGGACUUGAUGCUUCUUCAAGCCCUGUGUUAUUUCUACCACCUGCUGCACAAAUCUGGAGAGGCACGCACUGACCAGUAACCAGCGGGGUCGUGAGCUGACCGAUGAGAGAGAGAGAGAGGUUUAUUCUGUUUGUUUUGGGUUUGUCUGACAAUCUCGCCGCCACCAACCCCCCACACCCACCCCCCUCGCCUCACCUCCCACCUUCUACAUCUCCCCUCCCGCUGUGCUCCGACACGGGGGGGGGGGGCGCGGGGGCCGGAGCGGAGUUAGCAGAUGGAACUCUUAACUUCCUGGUUCGCUGUCCCCUUUAACGGGCAGGAUAUAACUUAUCUCAGUUCCCUGAAGUACAGUCUGUGCUACACCCAAUUAAACACACCAUCCUAGCACACUAUAGCCAGGAACAGGCAGACACAGGCCCCGGAUGCCACUCAGCCUGCAGUUUGUGUGCAAGCAUAAAAACGUGUGUGUGUGUGUGUGUGUUUCUUGCGUGCAUGUGUGCGUGUGUGUUAGUCAGGGCUCUGUGCUGGGGCCAGGAAAACUCUCCAGAUAGCUCAGGUAUCAGACACAGUGUGUGAAAUGAUGUGUUCCUCUCCCUUCGCACCUCUGAUGUUUGCCUUACUUACUAUUUUUGAUGGAGGAUUUCCUCAAAAAAACCCUGAUUCAGUUCACAAAGCAGUUGUAUUUUGUUAGACUUUUCCUACAAGUGCACAAUGUAUAGAGUUGAAUAGAUCAAUAUCACUCCAUCUUCUCACCACCCAUGUCAUCCAUUUCACUUUUUUUUUUUUUCUUCCUGACCUAGACCUGGACUGUUGAUAUUGAGGUGUGUGUAUGUGUGUAUGUGUGUGUGUGUUUUCUGAGAAUACUCCCUUCUCCGCUGGUCUGAUAUGAGCUUUACCAUUACUCUGGUAUUUAUGACCUACUUGUGUGUACUUGAGGGUGUGUCCUCUGUGAAUAUGUGUGUGUACGUGUGUGUUCGGACAUGUCCAGACCAGUCUUGUAUCUGGGCAGACUUAUUGGGCUUAGGGGGGGUAGAACACUAAGUUACUGUAAUGUAAGCUUGAAAAACAAGACCGACAGACUGAAGCAUCAACAGAGAAGACAAGCCCAAGAUCUGACAAAACCUUUCCUGUGCUCCACUUGGCACCAGUUGACUUUUUUAUGCGUCUGAAGGGCUUUGGGGUAGAUGGUUUUUUAUAGACAGCAGGCAGGUUGAUAUUUGUUUCUUCUAGCUUGUGGUGCUACAGCGGCAGCAUCAAACAGUUAGUUUGGUGCCUGCUGCCU